GUGUGCUAGAACAGGAACAGGAGGUUCACGGUUUGUUUAUCUCUUGAUGAAGCAGAUGAGCAGACCUGCUGAUGCAUUAAUGCCAAAUUAAACAGCUUCAUCGUCGCCUCAUCCCUUAACGACCGCUGAUUUACACUACACCACUGCAAGAGAGAAAAGAGAGUAAGCAGGAGGGAGAAUGUUUUUGCACGUAAUUAGCACGUGAAAGACUGAGCGAGCUGCUUGUUGUUUACCUGUCUGCACUCUACGGCAGCGAAAGAGAGAUAAAGAGAGAGAGCGCGCGCGCACGCGAUGGCUUUGUGCAACAAGCCAACGCAACAGGUAAAAUCUCCGUUGCCAAGAGAGAGAGAGAGCGAGAGCGAGCGAAUCUCAGGCCGUGUGUACGACGGUUGUGUGCGUGCAGGGCUGUUUUUUGUGUGUAGCUGGUUGCCGCGUCAGUCAUGCGUGUAUGCGGCCGAACAGCUGCUGUGUAAAAUAAACACAUCAAAAGGGACGGUAACAGGGGCACAAUUUCUAUCACCAGGCCGAGCAGAUUCGCAAAACACAUCGCCGAUGGUAGUUGCAGGAGUAGUGUAGUGUAGCAGCAGCACCACACACAGAAACCGUGUCACUUUAGUUCGUGAUUUGCUCGUUUGUUGUAAUGAUGGUGGCUUAGUUUAUUAGUUGGAUAAAAAAUGCACCGACCAAAGACGUGAAAGUGUUUUUUGGCUUCCCCCCCACCCCACUUUCGGGGGGCACCGUGCAUCGAUGUAGUGAUUUGUGCUGGGUUUCUUUGUUGUUUCUGUUCCACACUGCUUUUGUGUUCUGUGUAUCGUCAUCAUGCACUGUACAUGAGGCGCGUUCUCCACCGGGCACAAACAGCUUUAUCAUUUGCUUUAUUAAACCUCCCACCAAUACCCCCCACUACCAUAUGGCAUGAUAGUGAGAGUGGUCUGACCGCCAUACACGCGCGCACCACCCACCAUCCCAUGCAUUUCCGCUGUAGCAACGCAAGCAACGCGAAGGCUCUGCAUGACCAGCUAACGCCUGCCGCGUAACGCAUCGUAACGUGCCCAAUCGAAUCGGACCUGUAACGGCCCUCGCACACACGGGGUUGCAGCAAUCGAACCAAAGUAAAACCGCCACAAACACAAACGAUGCCAUUCUGCUGUGGUUGCUGCGGUGACGCCACGUCCCGAUACGAAUAUCGCCCGAUUGGAUUUCCACAGCAACCAAGUGGUUUCGGUGCGCGCCAUGUACAGACGCUGUUGCUGUUUUUCGCCCUCACCGUCGCGUACGCACUGCGCGUCAACCUGUCCGUCGCGAUCGUGGCGAUGGUCGACCGGAAGGCGGCCAACAAGGACUACGAGGAGUUCGACUGGGACGAGGAAACGAAAUCCGUCAUCCUGAGCAGCUUCUUCUGGGGCUACGUCGUGACGCAGAUCCCGGCCGGCCAGCUGGCGCAGCGGUACGGGCCCAAGAUACUGCUGCUGUUCUCCAUCGGUGUCUGCUCGCUGCUGGCCGUGCUGACACCGUUCUGUGCCCAUGCCGGUGGUGCAAAGGCAGUGAUUGGGCUCCGGAUAGUGCAGGGCUUAAGCCAGGGCUUCAUCUUUCCCUCCACCCACACGAUGCUGUCCCGGUGGGCACCGGCAUCGGAGCGGGGCCGGCUCGGCACGCUCAGCUACGCCGGCGCCCAGUUCGGCACGGUGAUCAUGCUGGCCGUCAGCGGCGUGCUGGCCUCCUCCAGCAUGGGCUGGCCGAGCAUAUUCUACAUUUCCGGCGCGGUCGGGAUGCUGUGGUCGGUGGCGUGGUUCUUCUACGGCAGCAACUCGCCGGCCGACUACCGGGGCAUCGCACCGGAGGAGCGCGAAUUCAUCGAAAGCUCGUUCGGGCCGCAAGAUCACAGCAGGCGCAUCGUUACACCGUGGGUAGCGAUCCUAACGUCUGCGCCGAUGAUUGCGCUGACGGUUGCGCACUGCUGCCACAACUGGGGCUUCUGGACGCUGCUGACCGAGAUGCCCACCUUCAUGAAGGAGGUGCUCGAGAUGGACAUUAAAAAGAACGCACUGCUGUCGUCGCUCCCGUACCUGGUGAUGUGGAUGCUAAGCUUCGUGUUUAGCCCGCUGUCCGAUUUCCUCAUCAAUCGGCAGUAUUUGUCGCGCGUCGCUAGCCGGAAGCUGUUCAACACGAUCGGGCUGUGGGUGCCGAUGGUGGCCCUGCUCGGGCUGGCGUUCGUGCCGAAGGGUUCGUCCGAUCUGGCGAUCGUGCUGCUGACGCUGGCGGUCGGCAUCAACUCCGCGACGUACCUGGGCUUCCAGGUAAACCAUAUCGACCUUGCCCCGAACCAUGCCGGCACAAUGAUGGGCAUCACGAACUGUGCGGCCAACAUCAUGUCGAUCAUUGCGCCGCUCAUCGUCGGGCAGGUGAUAUCGGACGCGACUGAUCCUAUUCAGUGGCGCCGAGUAUUCUACAUUGCCGCCGGAGUGUACUUCUUCGGCAAUCUUACCUUCAUCAUCUUUGGCAAGGCUGACAUUCAGCCCUGGAAUGAGUCAGAGUCGCCUAUCCCUCGCACCGUGUCCAAUGCAAACGAAACCCAAUCUGCGCGGAAUGCCCACAACACGGACGGUAACAACGCGAAUCACAGCGAUUAAAGGCAUCUCGCGGGGGCUGCUCUUGCUAGUCCAUAACACAAAUACGCUCGCAAAACACAAACCGCCCAAUCGUCAAAUCGAAAUAUCAUUCCGAGGAAAGGAACUGAGUAGAGACGGAAGUGGAUGGGGAAGAACAUUACUUUUUUACAGUCAUAUCAUUUAGUAUUAGGUAAGGAGAAACGAUUUGCAAAAAUGGGAUAUUACACUACUGAAAUCCCAAAACAGAGAGAGAACGGGAUGUAUUUUUUUAG